UCGAACGGGCCUAAAAUAGCACUACCCGAAGAAGGGAAGAGAACGCCCAAGGAGGCGAAGAGGAGAGAGAGAGAGAGAGAAAGCCCGAGAGAUCCGCGAACGCACGGUCGCCGGAGAAACUGCGGGAGCCCAGUCGAUGGCGUCAUCGGACACCGGCCGCACGCCGGCGCAAGGCGCGGAAGCCGCCUCCGCCUCCGCCUCCCCCUGGCCUCUCCGCAAGCUCCAGAGCUUUGCGCCAGGGCUGUGGUCACAGUACAAAGCCUACGAGGAUGUGUUUGUCGAGAGGGCUAAAGUUACUAUUUCGGAUGCACUGGUUCUUGCGAGCAAGCAUCAAGCGGAGGCAAUUGGAUGUGCCACUGUCGCAGGGUUCAUCUUGUUCAGAGGAGCUAACAGGUCAGAUCAUCGGAUAUAUUUCGCUUUUAGAGUUGAUGUCGCAAAACCUGUGAAUUUGAUGCAUGCUCGCUCAUGUCUAUUCCGGGUUAAUGGCCCUCGGAGAUUUUUAUACCGCAAUACUCUGGGUCGUUUUAAAACUGAGAAGGAUUUACUGAAUGAUGUUGAACAAAGUAUGAUCGAAUACAAAACAUCUAUUGAGAGCUUGAGAAAGGAUUCCAAAUACACCCUGGACAAAGUAGUCAUUGGUGAAAGUGAUCUGCAGCGUGGCCGAACUGAUUUGAGAUCUACUGGUAAGCAAAUCCAGUCCGUUAUAAGAUCUAUUUACAAAGCAGAAUCCACAGCUGCAGGUUUGAUGGAUCAACUAAGAAUUAUUCCUACAAGACAGUCUCUUGAAUUGCGAGCAGAGGUGGCUUCCAUGGCCUCUGGUUUGAAAAACCGGAGACAUGUCCUGGAAGAAAGGGUGAACCGUAUAUCUGAAUACGGUGUCCGCGUCUGAAUUUCGGCAUAGAACCGCUCCUGGGCCCCUCCAUGGAAUAAACUCAAUUCACUAAGAGACAUGCCACUGAUUAGACAAGCAACAUCUUCUAUGGAUUAUAACCUUGUUUCUGUUGGCAUUUGAAUACGGGGCGAUCAAGAUUACUCGCACAACCAUCGUUGAUUCCCCCAUUUACUAUUGCUUGUGUUGAGCAUUGUUCACUAUUGCGUCUUCCAUCUGCACACAUAAGAAAGGCUUAAGCUAUGUGCUUCGUCA